AAAAAAAAGAAGGAGACUAACCAAUUGGAGAAGGUUCGAAUAUAUCGUAACAGCCACUUCAUCAAUGACGUCACAAAUUUCAUGAACAUAUUUAAAGACCAAAGAUUUCGUUUUCCUUGUAUUUUAUUUGAAAGACAUUUUUGCCUAUUUCAUUCAUAUUUUGCUUUUAAAACGAGAAUUAUAAUUCUUCGACUCCGUGGGAUAAGUUUUCUAAAAAAUCGAAGAAAGAUCGAUGGCUCUAGAUAUCUGCGUGAAGGUUGCCGUCGGUGCUCCUGAUGUUCUCGGCGACUGUCCGUUUAGCCAACGUGUUCUUCUGACACUUGAGGAGAAGAAGCUUCCCUACAAGACCCAUCUGAUUAACGUCUCCGACAAACCCCAAUGGUUCUUAGACAUUAGUCCAGAGGGGAAAGUUCCGGUGGUGAAGCUUGAUGGCAAAUGGGUGGCUGAUUCUGACGUAAUUGUUGGACUUCUUGAAGAGAAAUAUCCAGAGCCUUCUCUCAAGACUCCUCCUGAAUUUGCUUCUGUAGGAUCCAAAAUCUUUGGUGCUUUUGUGACUUUCUUGAAGAGCAAAGACGCUAAUGACGGAUCCGAGAAGGCUUUGGUUGAUGAGUUAGAAGCGUUGGAGAAUCACUUGAAGACACAUUCUGGUCCUUUUGUAGCUGGAGAGAAGAUUACUGCAGUGGAUUUGAGUUUAGCACCAAAGCUUUACCAUCUUGAGGUUGCUCUUGGUCAUUACAAGAACUGGUCUGUCCCUGAGAGCUUGACCAGUGUUCGUAACUACGCCAAGGCUUUGUUCUCUAGGGAGUCGUUUGAGAACACCAAGGCUAAGAAAGAGAUUGUGGUUGCGGGUUGGGAAUCGAAGGUGAAUGCGUGAUGUGGAUCCAUGCUUCUCUAGUUAAUGUUGCUUUAGAACUAUUCUUCACUGAAUAAUAAGAAUGCACGAGUAUGUGUGUGUUCUUGUUUUUGUUAGAGUUGGUUAUCAAUAAUGAUGCGAUAAAGCAGCAUAUCUUUUUUUGAUAAUAUACACCUCUUAUUCAAUUUGGUAUUACAGUCC